AUGCAAAAAAAGCGUGUUAUUCAGAACCAACCCCCAAAACCUAACACGCCUUUAUUUACACAUUUCCAAGGGCAACUACUUUUUAUAGUAUUUUCAAUUUCAGCCCUUACAAGACUUUAUUUUAUUUCACAUUUUAAAUUCGAACUCAGUAUAGAAACAGAAUUAUAUCGCGAAUUCACAUAUUUAUCAAAAGGAAUUAUUCCUCUCGAUAAUAAACCGCUUACUGGACGUUUUUGUUUAUUCUUCUUUUAUUUAGCCAUCACAAAUAACAAUAUGGACAAAGUGUAUGCAAUGCAGAAAUAUCUAAGAUCAGCUGCUGCGCUUAUUGGCUGCUUUGUCCCUGUUUUAGUUUCCGCAUCUUUAAUACUUUAUGGAUAUUCAAAUAAAAUCUCAAUUACAAUAGGCAUUUUACUUUCAAUAGAGCCAACACUUAUCAUUUGGUCAAGAAUUUACAACGAAAAUGUUCUAUUUUUAAUAUUUUCCGCUUUGGCAAUUUUCUUGAAUUCUCUCGAACGGCAUACAAACCAUCCACUUCUUCAGCAAGGACAGGCCCUUUGUGCAUCAUUUGCAAUGUUUACAGAUUACACUGGCAUCGUUUUAAUUUUCUAUUUAAUAUUAUUUUCCACAAAUAACAAAAAACUCUUUCCAGACCUUUUAUCAUUACUUCCUGUAUACUUUGUCCUAGAAAUUAGCCUCAAAAUUUUAUUUUACGAAGAUCAAUUGAUUCUUGAUCCAAAACUACCACAUUCUCGCAGACUUAACGUUACUAUUCACAAACUACCAUUCUUUGACAUUACUAAUCGCAGCGUUAUAGACUUUUUCGAGUUUUUCACUUUUAAAUUGCCAAUUGAACAAAUUUACGUUGACGAAAACGUAAAAAUUGCAUCAAUUAUAUCACCUGUACUUAUAGUGAUUGUAGAAAUAUCAGCAAUUCUCAAUUACAAGAGCAAACAGACAGCAAUGUUUUUAUUUACGAUAUUUAUAAUAUGGAUCUCUAAACCGAAUGCAGUUAGUAGUUACCAUAUAUCAUUAAUAUUUGGAUAUUUCAUUUUCGCGUCGUAUCUACAAAAUAAUCAAGGAACAAUUGCAAAAACACUUUUCGUUGUUAGUAUCGUUUCUGCAAUUGCAUUUUAUAUACUAUACUUCCCUUGGAUAUACGGGCGUGAAAUUGAUGAAUAUUACGAUUCAAUUUUAAGUUUAUUGAAUCGACAAAAGUAA